CGCGCGCUAAAGUCCUCCCCCGGCCAGCGAACAGCUCGCGUACGGAAAAGCUCAGUUGUUGCCAGAGCUGCGAAAAAAAUAUCCCACAGACUGCGUAAAGAUGCCGUGUGGCAAGAAUUUCAGGAGGAGAAGGGACUCGUCCGAUGAGGAGGAGGAGGAUAACGAGACAGCAGAAGAAGUGAGAUCGAAAGUAGAAGAGGCAAAGGAGCUUCAGAGUUUGAGGAAGCGACAAAGCGGCGUCAGUAUAACUGCCCUAUUGGUUGGAGAGAAGCUCCCACCUGAAGCUGAAAUAGAUAACGAUCCAUUCAAACUGAAGACUGGGGGAGUUGUAGACAUGAAGAAAGUGAAAGACAGGAACAGAGACAUGACCGAAGAUGAGACGGACCUGAACCUGGGCACAUCGUUCUCAGCUGAGACUAACAGAAGAGAUGAAGAUGCAGACAUGAUGAAAUAUAUUGAGACUGAGCUAAAAAAGAAGAAAGGCUUGGUGGAGGCCGAGGAACAGAAAGUAAAGGUGAAAAAUGCAGAGGACCACCUGUACGAGCUGCCCGAGAGCAUCAGAGUCAACUCCGCCAAGAAGACAGAAGAGAUGUUGUCCAAUCAGAUGCUGAGCGGCAUUCCUGAAGUUGAUCUUGGCAUCGACGCAAAGAUAAAAAACAUCAUCCAGACAGAAGAAGCAAAAGCCAAACUUUUGGCAGAACAAAGGAACAAGAAGAAAGACCAAGGCACAUCAUUUGUUCCCACCAACAUUGCUGUAAAUUACGUCCAACACAACCGCUUUUACCACGAGGAUGUAAACGCACCACAGAGGCAUCACAGACACAAAGAAGAACCCAAAGCAAGACCGCUGCGGGUGGGAGACACAGAGAAACCUGGUCCAGAAGCUCCGUCACCACCCAACCACCGCAAACGUCCAAACAACGAGAAGGCCACAGACGACUACCACUACGAGAAGUUUAAGAAGAUGAAUCGAAGAUAUUAACACGGAAACAGUCAGCAUGGUGUCGUUGUCCUAGAAGCUGAGGCAUAAUGACAGACUUAGUUACCUAAACAAGUUAUGGCAGCAGUUGUUAUUGUAAAAAGGACAUGCAGUCUGUCUGUUGUAGAUGUGAUGCUUUGUUACAAUCCGACUGAUAAAAUCAGGCUUGUAAUGAAUUAUAACUGUGACCAACAACUCUCCCACACAAACUUUUCAAUUAUCAAAAUUCGACAGUUUCAACUUUCUAAAUAAAUAUAUAAAUAUUUUGUUGGAUAUAUUUUUGCUUAUUUAGCUCAUUGUAUAUACGCCGUAUACACAUUUUAGCGGCUACGAUGAUGAAGUCUUGAAAAACGGUGGGACAUUUCUAAUGGAAAAGACUCAGGAAAAUGUGGGUAAUCGACAUCACCUCAAUCUUUAACAUUACAACUGCAACUGUGUUUUCCUAACAUCAUGCGCUUGUCCUUCCAGUUCCAGUGAUUGUGAUGAACUAAAAGAUUGUCUGUUGUGGUGCCACUUUAGACUUUAAGACUACUUUUGUAUAUAUAUUAUGCAUUUUGCCGAUAUUCAAAACCAUUAUUGCUUGUAUUCAGGGGCGGCUAUCAGAUAUAAAUCAGAAUCUAAAGCUGAUCCUUUUAGCUGAGAUGCAGAAUUUCCUAUGUUGGUAUCUUCAGCUGCAGAGUGGAUUAUCCUUUACGCCACUACAGCCGUACAAUUUCUGCUUAGUUUGCUUCGUAUUCACCUUUAGCUGGACAUUUCUGUUAUGGCUCCUCUAUGGAUACAUUUGAUUAAAGGAAUAAAAACAAAAGCGUGUUCUUUAAUGUGAGCUGACCGGUUUAACAGGGCAGAAAGAAGUUGUACAAUAUAAAUCCAGAGAUAAACACAUGCAUAUAGGUUAAACAAAAAAAAAAAAAAAAAAA